GCGGGUGCAUUGGAGAAGAAGACACAGCUAGAGAGUAAUCCUAGUCAGUCCCACGCCAACUCCAACUCGCAAACACACCCAAACAGAAAAAAGCAGAGAAUUUUCUGAUUGACAAGACAAACACACGCGAGAAGAUAAGGAACUUUGCAAUCACAAUUCAGCCCCGCUUUUUUUGGAGAAUACUACAUCGUUUUCUCAACUGAGACACAGUUUUUUUUUUUUUUUUCUUUUCUAUCUAUGGAAGUCGUUUCCCACUCUUCCACUACAAUACUACACCGUUUUGGUUACAAGGAUUCGAGGCUUUCCACUGCUUCAUCUUUUUUGCCGCAAUCGUGCACUUACAGAGGACUUAAUCCCCAUUGCUUUCCACAUAAACGGGCAGUUUUGAGAAAUUCAACCAUCUCUGCUCAAAGUAGGUAUUCAUGUGUUCCAAGGAAGGAUGGCGGCGUACCGUGGAACUAUUCUAAGCCAAAAGAAGAGUUGAAUAGAACUUAUUCUAAUAAUAAAGUCUGCAAUAAAAAUAGAUUGUCCAGAUACAUAGUUGUAAGAUCUGAACUUGCUGAAACAGGGUACCCUGAUGCCAGCUACCCAUUAUCAGAACAUAAGUUGAGCUCAAAAGUUAGAGGAAUAUGUUUUUAUGUUGUCACUGCUUUCACUGCCAUCUUUCUGUUUCUGCUGAUGCUGGUGGUACAUCCAUUUGUACUCUUGUUUGAUCGAUACCGAAGAAAAGCUCAGCAUUUCAUUGCCAAAAUUUGGGCAACUUUAACUGUCACUCCAUUUAUAAAAAUUAAGUAUGAGGGAUUGGAGAAUCUGCCUCCUUCUGAUAUUCCUGCUGUAUAUGUUUCCAACCACCAGAGCUUUUUAGACAUCUAUACUCUUCUCACUCUUGGAAGGAGCUUUAAGUUCAUCAGCAAGACUUCAAUAUUCCUUUAUCCCAUUAUUGGGUGGGCCAUGUUUUUGUUGGGUGUCAUCCCUUUGAAGCGCAUGGACAGCAAAAGCCAGUUGGACUGCCUUAAGCGAUGCAUGGAUCUUACAAAGAAGGGGGCCUCUGUAUUUUUCUUCCCUGAGGGAACACGGAGUAAAGAUGGAAAAUUGGGUGCUUUCAAGAAAGGUGCAUUCAGUGUUGCAGCAAAAACCAAAGUGCCAGUAGUACCUAUUACCCUUAAGGGAACUGGCAAAAUCAUGCCUGCAGGAAUGGAGGGCAUCUUAAAUUUAGGUUCUGUGGAAGUUGUUAUUCAUAAGCCUAUAGAAGGAAGUGAUCCAGAAGAACUAUGCAAUAAGGCUAGAAAAACAAUUGCAGAUGAGCUCAAUCACCAAUGACAAGAUAUCUGCUACAAGUUCUGUUUGAUGUACACAGCAUGAUACUUAAUCCUUUAAUGUGGAUUGAAGAAAUUUAAAGUGGAAGGAAUUUUGAGGUGGUUUUCAGAGCUAUCAGAUACAUUUCUUGAAGGUUGGGUGGUCUUUCUGCAGUGUCAAUGGCUACAGUCUGCAAUCGCCUAUGUAAUGACUUUCAUUACAUGGUCAGUCACAUCCACGCACUAAAUUGGUAGACAGACCAUAUAUCACUAACAAAUUUGUCGUGGUGCCUGAACUGUACUAGGCAUUGUUUUUCAUGUAGUGAAUGAUUAUCUCAAUAGAAUUACAGAUGCCUGUACAUUUUGCCCUUCUGGCCCA